AAUUCUCUUAGAUCAAAGAAUCUAUAAACAAUCACCCAAAUCCACUAUAUUCCAUACCAUUCUCCAUAUAUAGGAAGUUAGAAACAACUAACAAGUUCCAAAUCUAUACAAAGAACUUUAUUCCCUAUAUAGCCCCAAAGAUGAGGAUAAAAUUUCUUAUUACACUGUUCCUUUUUGUCUCAUACAGCCAAGCCAUAUCAAACUCAGGUUUGCAUACAAGUUUCACUGCAGAAAAGAAAGGUCUAAACUCUUCAACCACCAUAGUGCAAACACAGCAACCUUUUGAAAACUAUGGGAGCAUAAAAGAGACAAUGAUGUUUCACAGUAAAGAUGAAGAAAAGCAAGAACUAUCUCAUGCCUCAGUAAAGAGAGCACAUAGUGGUAGAGGAGCUAGUGGGGGUUCAUCAGAUGUUGAUCGCCACCAUCGCAGCUCUGCAAGCACCACAGCAUCAUUGUUACCUUGGAGCUCUAGAUUUUGCGUAAGCAUGACCUUGAUAUUGAUGUCCUUCCAUGUUAAGCUGCUCUGAGUGUAACUAUUCAAAACUCCAGAUUAUGUUUAAUGCUUUGGUUGCCUUAAGAGGAGCACCUUUUUGUACUUCAAUUUGAGUGAUGUGGGUUGAAUCAAUGUGUUAUAUACUUCAUUGUACUUACCAAAACUCAUUUGUUUAAUUGUUUCACCUCUCUGAAUUGGCCUCCCAUGGAUUAUGUCACAAUAUUAGCCAAAUCAAGUGGGCAUUAGAUUUUGCUGUCAAUUAUGAAACAAAUUUGUGCAAGAAACAAGAUUGAACUAAUAAUUAAUACACUUGUCUCUAAGAGUUCAAUUUAUGUUUACAGAGUAUAAAACUUGAAAAGGGCAAUAAUGAAGGCAUAAGAUUUUGCACAC